AAGAAAGGACAUUAAUACACAGGUGUACAACUUUAAUUUGUAUUAGUCAUCAAUAAUGAAAAACACGGUUGUUAUUAAGAGAAAUAGCGGAAGAGGAUAUAGUCUUAUUUAGAUAUGUCAUUUGAUCAGCCGCCAAGAGGUUCGAAUUAUCGAGUGGUUGUCAUGGGGACGGCUGGUGUUGGAAAAAGUUCAAUUAUUAGUCAGUUUAUGCAUAACAAGUUCACAGAGACACACAAAGAAACUGUUGAAGAAUUACACCGACAUCGGAUGAAAUUUAAAACGAUAGCUGUAGAAAUUGAUAUAUUAGAUACAUCCGGAUCUCACGAAUUUCCUGCCAUGCGCAAACUUGCCAUAGCAACCGGUGACGCCUUUAUUUUAGUGUAUGCAGUCGACAAUCAAACAAGUUUUGAAACUGUUAAAAGAUUACGCGAUGAAAUAAAAGAGUAUAACCAUAAGGAACAUUAUUCGAUUGUUGUCGUUGCAAAUAAAACAGACUUAGAAGAAAAACGGGAACCUAUUAUUAACACCGUCAAUGAAUCUGUCGUUUGUAUCGACUGGGAGGAAAAGUUUGUAUUUACAUCAGCCAAGACAGGUGAAAAUGUUGAUAUCGUUUUCCAGCUGUUGGAAAACCAAAUAAAGGCAAGAAUACAUCUAGAGGAAAAGCGCUUGUCAUUCUUCCGACGAAUUUCCAUGCCGAUUAUGAAACUAGCUAAGCCGGAGCGUACACAUGCGCCAAAGCUAAACAAACAAUCAAGAACAUGUUCUUUUGGUGGCUUUCAGUCACAUUGACCGGAAGAGGUUAAUUUAACUUUUGUGGGCAAUCAUUAUAUAAAUAAUCGGACAUAUGAACGUAGUUAUUUGAUGUUUUUAUAUUUUGAAACGUAUUAAUCAAAUACGAUUUACACCAACUGCUCAAAAAUGUGCCUAAAUCUGAUUAAUUGUUAGAUUUAAGUCUUGAGUGAAUCGACGAUACAUAUCAAAUUUAAUCAUACACAUACGUAAAAUGAAAAUUUAAAACUGGCUAGUUCGAUGUCCCAUCUACCUAAUAUAUUUUGUUACACUUACUUCAUGUAUAUAUUUAUUUCCAUGGCAAUGUAUCCUUUAAUUAAGGACAUUUACUAAGUUGAAUUAAUUUCUUUUAAUAAAACGAUCACAUUAUGUUUGAUAAAGAUUUACUAGUAUAUGUUUACCAUGUAAUAUAAAAUUGCAUGCCGAAAUAACAUAAAUUAUAUUAACAAAACAG